AUGGACGAAAACAUGAGCGAAGAGCUGGCUGUCCUCCAGGAAGAACUCCUGCAGCUACAUAACAGCCUCAUUGCUAUCCGUUUCGAGAUAGCAAAGGCAUCCGCGAAGGCUAGAGGUCUCCUCCAAGGCGUGGCAGACAUACUCAAACAUCUCGAUGCAGACGAGUUACAUUCACCCGAUGCGCCAGUCACUCCAACAUGCCCCUCUCUUCCCUGGAAGGACUAUUCCGCCGAAUUUAAAGGGAAUGCCGAUGCGCAGGAGAUGGACAGUAGGAAAAAGAUACAAGAUUAG